UAUUGUUUUGCCUCUCCACUGUUUUCGUUUCCCUCCACUCCGCCGUCGGAUCCGCUUUCUUCUCCCUCACGUUACAGUCAGGGGAAGGGUUUCUUCUUCUUCUUCUUCUUCUUCUUCUUCCAGGCGCUCAAUCAGCUGCAGUAAGCAUCAGAUCUGAGCCACCUUGCCGCUUGUUUGAGCUCCACGGUCACUAGGUUGAAGGCGAUGGACGAUUCGAGCCUGGAGAUGAGUCCGGGAUCUGUAGAUCCGAGCAGCAGCGGCUGCGAGCUCAAGAGCUGCGAGUAUUGCCGGACCACGACGACCCCUCUUUGGCGAGCUGGCCCUUCCGGCCCCAAGUCCCUCUGCAAUGCGUGCGGGAUCCGGUACAGGAAAAACCGGCGAGCGCCGCCGGCGAUGAAGAAGGAGAAGAGAGAGACCACGGCGAGCUCUGCAGCCGCUGGCGGCGUGGAGAAGUUGAAUAAGGUGCCUCUCAAGCUGCAGGUGCUAGGGUUAGGUUUGUGGGACCAGAGGUCGACGAUCCAGAAGAGGCAGAGGUGGAGGAGGAACAUGACUGGGGAGGAGGAGCAGGCGGCGGUCCUCCUCAUGGCGCUCUCCUCCGGCUUCCUAUAAAACCCUAAAUCGCUUCAAAGCAGCUGCUUUACGGCUCCUAGCCGACAAAGCGAUCUCCUUUUUGGUGGAAGCAGAUGCUGCCAAAGGGCAAGAACACCUACUCGCUUGCCCCGCUACUAAACAACAACUCCUUUUGCAAUUUGCAUGGCUCAACCUGUAGAUUUUUUUCCCAUGUAACCUUAAAUUUAGCUUUUCUUGAUCUCAUGAACAAGCAAGUGUUGGGGAAUAACAAGCUCCAUGUAUACACCAUGUUUGUUUUGAUCUCGAAUCCUCUCAUUGUUUCCUCAUGUGCUUCAUCUUCUUGUUCUGAACUGCUUUCUGUGAUGAUGA